AUGUCUGAAGAAUUAAUUUGUCGUUGUAAAGGUUCUCUUGGUGAACCAUUUACAUCAUUAAAUGAUCUUUCUGUUCAUCAUGUAUCGUAUAAUGAAUUUGAAAAACAAUAUUGUGAAUUAUCUCGUUGGUGUGAAAAAAUUUAUGAAACAAUAACAACAGUUUCAACAAAUGCUUUAACACGUUAUCUUCGACAAAAAUAUUAUGAAGAAUUAUAUGAACAAGGUUUAAUGCGUUUACGUGUAUUUAGUCAAUAUGCUGAUAAAUUAACAGAACGUUUUCCUGAUUUAAGAUUUAAUAUUAGUGAUAAGAUGAUUAAAAUAAAUCGGCAAUGGAGCUUCCUUGAAUCACGGUUUAUUGAUUAUCUAGAUGAAGAUUUUGAUCGUAUACUUCAAGAUUUACAUAAUGAAUUACUCUUAUUUGAAGAAUGGCUUAGUGAUACAGAAGAACAAUUAUGGACUUUUGAAUCAUUUCGAAGUGAUGACAUUUCAUUAGAAGAUCUUCAAUCUAAUCUUCAUCUACACACGAAAUUACAAGAUGAAAUUAAGUCAAGAAAUAGUCGUGUUUCAUCCAUUAUUGAAAUUUGUGAUCGUUUAAAACAUGAUUAUGAACAAAAAGUUGAUAAAGUACCAUUUGAUUUAGCAAGUGACUUAGAAAACCGUUGGCAUCAGACGUGGAUUAAUUCUGUAGAAAUUCAAUGUAAACUUGAAGACCGAUUAAAAAUUUUAAGAAAUCCAACACCAAUUGUAUUAAUUGACGAAAAAGAAAAAGCUGAAGAAGAAGACGAUAUUAUUCCUUUUAAUUCAAGUGAAUACGAAAAAAUUCCAUUAACUACACCAACAACAAGUACAGAUAGUUUAUAUUGUUCAAUAAGAACACGUAAACGUUCACGUUCACCAUUAAUUCGUACUUUAAACAAUAAUAAUAUUCAAUUAAAAUCAAUUUAUAUGAAAAGAAGAAAAAUAACAAGAUCAAAACGACGUAUGUCAUUAAAUCUUUUACCAAUAAAAUCUCCAUCAACAUUUUAUUAUUCAUUAACAAAUAUAAAUGAUGAUAUUGCUGUUGUUGCUGAUGAUCAAAUAAAUACAAAUAAAAAACAAAAAAAAACAUUAUCGAAAUUAGAUGUUGGAUAUGAAAGUGAAGAUGAAACAAAUCAAUCUAAUGAAAAUCUUCUACCAAUAUUUCAUAUAAAAACAAGUCAAAGUGAUUAUUAUAUAGGACAAAAAUUACAUACAAAUAAUAAAACAAGUUUUUCAUCAUUAACACAUUCAUUACCAUUAUUAGAAGAUAAUCAUCAUCUGCCAACAUGGUGGAGACAUUCAAUAACAUCCGCAUAUGAUACAUGUUCAAAUCCGGAUAUUGAUUUAAGUAUUGAAGAAACAAAGAAAACACAAAAUAAACCAUCAUUACUAAUGUAUAGUAAAAAAUAUACGAAAUAUAAACAAUUUAAAUCAUCACAACAACCAUUAUCACCGCCAUUAAUACAAAAUAAAACACCAUCAAAUCCCCCAUCAAACUCUUAUGAUGCAAGUGCGGAAUAUACAGAUCCUGAACAAUCAGAAAAUGAUGUUGAUCUAUUAUCAUCUGAUUUUAAUUCAACAUCACCUAUUCAUCAUUAUCAAAAUUCUGAAUUACAAUUCUAUAAUCGAUAUACAACAACAACUACAGGAUAUUCAUCGGAUGUUGAAUUAGAAACAACAACAACAUUACCAUCAGAAACGGAAGAUCAACAAAUGUUUUCAAAUUUAGAUGAAGUAUCUCAAAUGAAGUUCGAUACAAUGGCAUUACCAACAUCAGACGCAUUUGAUUCACUUAGUACAAUAAUUAUGAAUGAGAAAAUUGAAGGUUCGGAACCAUGUUGGGAUGGUUAUCAAAAUCCUCUUUUCUAUUCUCUUAAUUCUCAAGAUAUGGAUUCAAUUGAAACAACACUGAAAUGGGAAGAUCAAUUUUUAGAAAUGGAUCAACCAAAUAGUUCAUCAUCGGACAAUGAAAAUUAUUCAUAUGAAUAUAAUAUUGAUCAUUUUAUGCGGAAUAUCAAUGGUUUAUCAUCAUCGUUGACAAGUGGUGUUACUGAUUUAGUUGGAAAUAAAGAUUUAUUAGAUUCAGAUUCGGACUUAGAUGAUUUUAAUUACGUUUUAAACGAAACGGAACGACAGUUACAUAAAGCACGACAAAGUUUAGAAAAGAAAAAACGUCAACAACCAUUGACUGCAAAUGAUCGUAAUCUACGAAAAUAUGAUGAAGUGCUAAGAACGUGUGAAACAAAUAUUCAAUGUUUACAGCAAAUUUUAAAAAAUCUUCAUCGAUCAAAGAAUUCACGUCUUAACAGUACAAAAGCAAUUGAACAAUUACAAACAUAUCUAUCUGGUUGGCAUGACAUGCGACAACAAGUUAAUGAUGAUCGAAGACAUGCACGUCAACUAUUAUAUAUCUCACAAGAAAUUAUUAAAUUGAAAUUACGUUUAGACGAAGAAUUAUCUCAUAUUAAUUAUAUUUGUAAUCAUAAUCAUCCUUGGUUAGAUGAAAAUUCUUUAAUUGAAAUAAUGCGACGAAUUAAUUACGAAAUUGAUUCAGAAAAAGAUUCUCGACAGAAAUUAGCUUCCUAUCGUUCGGAUAUUCUUUUAGCUGAAGAGCAUCUUAACGAAUAUCGAAUGUCACAUUUUGAUGGUCCAUCAUCAUCGAAUAUUGAUGAACAUUUACAUAGUUGUCGUCUAGCCCUUGAACAACUUACUGAUAAAAUGGACACCUAUCAAACUCAAUUACGUACAUUAUCGAAAAUGAUCGACAAUCUUAUACCGAUUGAAACACAGAUCGAACAAAAGUUAACUACUUAUGAAUACAAUAACAAUUAUCAAGUCGAACUUCAAGAUAUUCAAAGAUUAAUCGAUACAUACGAACAAAUAUUGAAUAAUAUAAAUCGUUCUAUAAAUAAUCCGAUAAAUAAUUUACAUUUAAAAAUUAAAAGUCAUUGUGAAUGUAAAUUAGAUUUAUAUAAAAAAAUGUUAAAUGAUUUUUUUCGAAAAAGUCAAUCAAAACAUGUUUCAUUUGAUGGUUCUAUUAAUUUUAAUAAUAAUAAUUCAUCUAUAUUUCAUACAUCAACUCCUCAGGAAUUUAAUCAAAAUAUUCGUCAGAAAAAACAUCGACGAACAACAUUAAAUGAUAUUAAUCGAAAUUUUCAUAAUGAAACAAAUUCAAAUAAACAAAGUUCAACAUCAUCCUAUAUAUCCGAUGAUUGCAAAGUUCUAUAUAUUGAAACAGUUGUUGAAGUAACUAAACCUGUCUUUUAUGAACGUACAAACGAUACAACCACAACAACAAAUACAGAAUAUCAUCAUCAUCAGCAGCAAAAUUCACAAUCAGCAGCAAAUAAAGAAUAUCAUGAAACAAUAAACAAAGAAUAUCAUCAAAAUCCACGAUCAACAAUAAAUAAAGAAUAUCAUCAAACUUCACAACCAACAAUCAGUAAACAAUAUCAUGAAACAAUAAAUAAAGAAUAUCAUCAAACUCCGCAACCAACAAUUAGUAAAGAAUAUCAUCAAAAUUCCCAAUCAAAACUAAAUAAAGAAUAUCAACAAUAUCAUCAAACUUCGCAACCAACACUUAAUAAAGAAUAUCAUCAAACUCCAUUAUCCACGAUGAAUACAGAAUAUCAUCAUCAAAUACCACAGUCAAAAAUCAAUACUCAACGAUCAACAAAUAGUUACUAUAAACUACAUGAUUCAUCUGAUGAUGAUGAAUCACAAAAUAAACCGGUGAAUUUAAGUAAAACAGCAAAUCAAAGAAAUAAAGUACAACAAUUUGAUAGUGGAAUUGAAUAUGAUCGAACAUCUCCUCCACCAUCUUCUUCAUCAUCAACGAUAUUUACUCAGCGAACAUUAAAUGAUCAUUCAAAAUUAUUAUUUCCACCAGCUUCAACAACUUCUAUUCUUGAUGAAACAUCUCAAUCAACACUUGUUCAACGUUUACAUUCAACAAAAUCAAAAAUUGUUAAUGAUGAAGUUGUUAAAUCAUCAAAUAUUCCAAGAAUAAAUUCCUAUUGGAAUCGUUUAAAACAAACAUGGUUUCGUUCUCUUUUGCUUGGUCUUUUAAUAUUAUUUAUUUUAUUUUUUGUCUAUUUCAAUCGACUUGAUACGUGUUCAAGAUCAAUCAUAAUUCGAACAGUUUUUCGAAAAAUAAUUUGUAUUGAACAUGAAGGUUUACCGACAAUAUGA